GCUGCCGCCGCGACUUGAGGGGCGCGCGCCGAGCUCCGCGCCAGCGCAGCGUCCGGCUGCCCCGCGCGCCGCUCCGCGCCCCUUCCCCGGUCCACGAGCGGAAUUACCGCCGCGGCCGCGCCGGGAUCGCCUCCUUCCGCGCUCCGCAGGAAAUUAAAAGUUCAAGGAAAGCUUUAAAAGGGGAGUUUCCUGGGGAGGAAAUAAUAUUUUUCUGGGUUUUUUUUAUGAAGAAAACCAUCUGAAUUGCCUAACGUUUCUACAGUAGAGCAACUUGCGUUCUUGCAGCACAGGAGGAAUUCUUUCCUGCAUUACAAAUUUGGAAGAAGAAUUAAAAAGUGAGAGUCGGAAGAUGGUUCUUUCAAAGAGGCGUGGAUGUAUCAGGAUGUAGCUACUGCACAAAGUUUAUACUUGGAUAAUUCUGGACAGGAAAAAGCAGCCCCAUUCCUGACCUCCUGAAGAGGCUACCCUCCUUCAAGCCUCAGCAUAAUGAAUAGUUUCCAUCACGUGGCGCUGAAGUUACCACCUCUGCCUACUACACUGCACACAAGGGUUUGUAAGAGUUACAAAGAAAGCAGUUCCUGCUAAAGGCAUUAAACCAAACAAAAGAGGCUCUUCAUUCACAGACUUCACAUGAGAACAAAAAUAGAGGGAAGCUGAAGCUUUUCCCCACCCUGGCCUGGUGUGCUUAUGUACCAUGAUAAAUCUUGGUUGGAAUGCUCAUUGAGUAUCGUUCCAGGAGCCAGGAAACACACACUACACCAAGAAGGACCGUCUGAGUAAACACCGUCGAGAAAAGAAGAGCUCCAUGGAGUAAAACAUAAGAGUGACCUGCAAGAAAGACAUUUCUUUACUGGAUACCCUCAAGCACAAAAUUUACUCACACCUUUAAAUACGAUUGUUGAAGAUCAGAACUGUAUACAAAUCUCAUCAUUCCUGACCAUGAUUAGUGUAACCUGGAGCAUCUUCCUAGUUUGGACUAAAAUAGGGCUGUUACUUGACAUGGCACCUCGCCCUGUUAGUGCCAAACCAUGCCCUUCAGUAUGUCGCUGUGAUGUGGGUUUCAUAUAUUGUAAUGAUCGCGAUUUGACGUCUAUUCCUACAGGAAUCCCAGAGGAUGCUACUACCCUCUUCCUUCAGAACAAUCAAAUAAAUAAUGCUGGGAUUCCUUCAGAACUGAAGAACUUGCUUAGGGUGGAAAGAAUAUAUUUAUAUCACAACAGCUUAGAUGAAUUCCCCACUAACCUCCCUAAGUACGUUAAGGAACUGCAUUUGCAGGAGAAUAACAUAAGGACCAUUACUUAUGAUUCACUUUCACAAGUUCCUUAUCUGGAAGAACUGCAUUUGGAUGAUAAUUCUGUUUCUGCUGUUAGCAUCGAGGAUGGAGCUUUCCGGGACAACAUCUAUCUCAGACUUCUUUUUCUCUCUCGAAAUCACCUUAGCACCAUUCCCUGGGGUUUGCCUAAAACGAUAGAAGAGCUACGCUUGGAUGAUAAUCGUAUUUCCACGAUUUCAGAGCUGUCCCUUCAAGACCUUACAAAUCUAAAACGCCUUGUUUUAGACGGAAAUCUUCUCAAUAAUCAUGGAUUAGGAGACAAAGUCUUCAUGAAUCUAGUCAACCUUACGGAACUGUCAUUGGUCCGCAAUUCACUCACAGCUGCACCGGUAAAUUUGCCAGGAACCAACCUGAGAAAGCUUUAUCUUCAAGAAAACCACAUCAACCACGUGCCACCCAAUGCUUUCUCUUACUUAAGGCAGUUGUAUCGACUAGAUAUGUCCAAUAACAAUCUCAGCAAUUUACCUCAGGGUGUCUUCGAUGAUCUGGACAAUAUAACUCAACUUUUUCUUCGCAACAACCCUUGGCACUGUGGGUGCAAAAUGAAAUGGGUACGCGACUGGUUGCAGUCAUUGCCUUUAAAAGUUAACGUACGUGGACUGAUGUGUCAGGCACCAGAAAAAGUACGUGGCAUGGCUAUCAAGGACCUCAACGCGGAGCUAUUUGAUUGUAAGGACGAUGGCAUGAUAAGCACCAUCCAAAUCACUACUGCAGUACCAAACACCUUAUACCCAGCCCAGGGACACUGGCCAGUCUCUGUGACCAAACAACCAGACAUCAAGACUCCCAACCUAAAUAAAAACUACAGAACCACAGCAAGCCCGGUACGCAAAAUCAUUACAAUAUUUGUGAAAUCCGUAAGCACGGAGACUAUUCACAUCUCCUGGAAAGUUGCACUACCGAUGACUGCUUUAAGACUGAGCUGGCUCAAGAUGGGUCACAGCCCUGCCUUUGGAUCUAUAACUGAAACAAUAGUUACGGGCGACAGAAACGACUAUUUGCUCACGGCUCUCGAACCAGAAUCGCCAUACCGCGUAUGCAUGGUUCCCAUGGAAACCAGCAACAUCUAUCUCUCCGACGAAACGCCCGAAUGCAUCGAGACCGAGACGGCACCUCUUAAGAUGUACAACCCUACCACGACCCUCAAUCGGGAGCAGGAGAAAGAACCUUACAAAAACUCCAGCUUGCCGUUGGCCGCCAUCAUCGGCGGCGCGGUGGCGCUGGUGGCCAUAGCGCUGCUGGCCCUGGUCUGCUGGUACGUCCACAGAAACGGGUCCCUGUUCUCCCGGAACUGCGCCUACAGCAAGGGACGCCGGAGAAAAGAUGACUACGCCGAAGCGGGAACCAAGAAGGAUAACUCCAUCCUAGAAAUCAGGGAGACUUCUUUCCAGAUGAUACCAAUAACCAACGACCAAGUGUCCAAGGAGGAAUUUGUAAUACACACCAUUUUCCCACCUAAUGGCAUGAACCUGUACAAGAACAGCCACAGUGAAAGCAGUAGUAACAGGAGCUACAGAGACAGUGGUAUUCCAGAUUCAGAUCAUUCACACUCAUGAUACUGAAGGACAUGAAAGACUGGUUUGGGUUUCGUUGGGUUUUUUUGGUUUUGUUUUGUUUUUUAAAGAAAACGAGAAAAGACUGACUUAACAGUUGCUGUUCUACUGCAAAACACUGGAUUAAAAGACUGACAAAGCAAUGUACUGUACAUUUGCCAUAUAAUUUAUAUUUAAGAACUUUUUAUUAAAAGUUUCAAAUUUCAGGCUACUGCUGCGAUUAAUGUAGUGGGGAUACCUGACCACAAUUCUAUAUUUUAGUAUUUUUUAGUAAUUUGUACUGUAUUUUCCUUGCUAAUAUUGAAGUUACAGACCAUUUAACUUUUGUGUUCUACUGAGUAAGAUGACUUGUUGACUGUGAAAGUGAAUUUUCUUGCCGUGUCGAGCAGUCAGAACAUUCAUCUGAGAUCCUUGUAAGUGUAAGCACAGGCCAUUUUUCACUUUGGUAUCAAUAAAAUAAUGUUGAACCUA